AUGGCAUUCGGAAUGAAAAUAACACCGUCUCUGGACAAGCCAACUGUUUAUAUGAAUCUCUAUUGUCAAAUGAUAGGUUCAUUGAUGUAUAUGACUGCUAGUCGUCCAUAUAUCAUGUUUUUUGUCUGCUAUUAUGCCAGGUUUCAAGCGAAUCCUUGUGAACCCCACAUCACUGCUAUAAAGAAUAUCUUCAGGUAUCUCAAGCGAUCAUUCUCACUAGGAAUAUGGUACCCUUCAAGUUUAGGUUUCUUUGUGCAAACGUUUUUAGAUGCAGAUCUAGGAAGAUAUGGUUUAGAUAAAAAAAGUACUAUGGGAGGAUGCCAAUUUCUUGGUGGCAAACUCGUAAGUUGGCAAUCUAAAAAGCAAACUUUCAUCUCCCUAUCAACUGCUAAAGUAGAGUACAUAGUCACUGCCUAUUAUACUUCACAAGUUAUCUGGAUUCAAAGCCAGCUUCGUGACUAUGGCAUCAACAUGAAGCAAAUCCCUUUGUAUUGCGAUUCCGGGAGCGCCAUUCUCAUCUGUCAUAACCCAGUGCAAUAUUCAAUGACCAAACACAUCACACUGAUAUAUAACUUCAUCAAAGAUCAUGUGGAAGAUGGAAAUGUCGAGAUACACUUUGUAAGAUUCGCUGAUCAGUUAACCGACAUCUUCACAAAAGCCUUGCUUGAGCAAACCUUCAAUUGUAUUCUUCAAGGCUUAGGAAUGAUAGAGGCUGAAUCUAUUUCGAAACCACCUUUGCAGUCAUAA